GCAUGUGUUCAGAAUAUAUUCCCGAUGUUUAGUAAUGGUCACGGACAGGAUUGCGGGCAUUUUCAUUGUUUUCCUUUCUAUAAUAUCAUUUAAUGGAUGCCAUUAGGGUGCCAAGCAACAAGGCAUAUUUAAAAAGGGAAAUUAAUUUGACUUAAUGAGUGAGAGUUCAUAUCAAUUGGAAUAAGUUUCUGAUAUUGUUUUGACAAUAACAUUACGGUUAUUUUCAUUUUUAAACGCCAGGUUAGCAAGGAUUUAGCUUUUUAACACCUUAGGAUUUCCUAUGUAUCUGUGUCAGUGCCAUAAUUUUAUUUUAGUUUCUGCAGUGAUGUUUAGAUAUGGAUGUGACGUUUACUAUCUUCAAUACAGUUUUAUAAUGUCAUGGUGAAAACAUUGUCUUGGCUCAUUGAUCAUUCUAUAAUGAAAGUUUAAGAGUCAAUUUAACAAAAGAUUGAGUUCGGAAUUUUAUGUUUGUGCUCUGCUAAAUAGUUUCACUAAAUGUGUAUUUGUUAAUAGGAAAAACCAGUGCUGAGUUCUUAUAUCAGCUGGAUUUACUUAUUGAACCGUUCAUUGAAAACAUAGCAAAUGAACACAAGUGUUUCACGUGUCAGUAUGGACUACUAACGGUGCUUACAAUGAGGGCUCUUCAUUUACCUUAGGGGCCCCUUUGCUCUCCACCACCCGGGGCGGAGUCGUAAAAUAUGGCAGAUUCUAAUCCGCCAGAAGAGACUGCUGUUGAAAAGGACAAACCCGAUGAAGCAUCGGGUGGGCAGUCGGUGGUCAGUGGUACAGACAGAUCGUCUUCAGACCAGGAAACAAUUGUAGACCACGGUGACGACAGAAAGAAGGCUGUAACAAAUCUUAAAGGUGAUGACGUCAAUUUCGUCGGCAACAAGGCUGCUGUUAAGAAUGACGAUGUGAGUUACAAAGAAAGUUUGCAAAUGAAGCCUCCAAACCACAAUGAUUAUGUUCAACAAUUAGACAGCACCAAAAAUAGUAAACAUGUACCAAAUCCACCGGAAGACAGAUCUGGGGCAACAGCUGAGACGUCACCAGGAAACACGCCCACGUUUGUUUACGUGCUGUCGUCCAUAGCAACAAUAGGCGGGUUCCUGUUUGGUUACGACAUCGGUAUCGUAGCAGGCUCCAUGCUGUUCAUACAGCCGUACUUUGAGGUAAGCAGCUUCUACUCGUAUCAUUAUUCUGUCUUAGCUGAUAUUAUGGUCAAUGUAAUACCAACAUAAACACCAAUACAUGUUUAAACCAUUGUAGCACUGCAUUGCCUGAAUAUCAUGAGCGAUUAGUUGAGACGAUAAUUUAAGUAAGAAAAGAAAGAGUUGGGAAAAGUUAGAGAAGACAAUAAGAGAUCUGAAGGCUUGGAAAGGAAACUUUAACUUGGAAUUUAAAAGGACAAGAAGAAUACUAUGAAGACUUGGCAAUAAAGAUGGUUUGACCACAGAUACAAACUAAUCAAACAAUGUCAACCAUUUUCAACCAUUUGUCAUAACCACUAACGCGGUAAUACAAUUGUGUCAUUCAAACCUUAUAUACAUCUCGUCAAUGUGACAGAAUAUAUAUGGAACGUUUUUACUUUUUAAAAAUUGCCUUUUUUUGUAUUGUUCACUGAACAUACCUUAUCAGUUACUUUAAGAUUUCAUUUUCUUGCCAUUGUAAUACGAUUUAAAAGAACAGCAUGCUAGAUCUUAAACAGCCAAUGUCAUUCGCAGCCAGAAUCAUUAACACCAAUGUCAUUCACAGCCCAUGUCAUUCACAGGCAAUGUCAUUCACAGCCCAUGCCAUUCACAGCCCAUGUCAUACACACCAAUGUCAUUCACAGCCCAUGUCAUUUACAGCCCAUGUCAUUUACAGAUAAUGUCAUUCACAGCCCAUGUCAUUCACAGGCAAUGUCAUUGACAGCACAUGUCGUUCAUGCCAAUGUCAUUCACAGCCCAUGUAAUACAUAGACAAUGUCAUUCACAGCCCAUGUCAUUCACAGACAAUGCCAUUCAAAGGCAAUUCAUUUACAGGCAAUGUCAUUCACAGAAAAUGUCAUUCUCAGCCCAUGUCAUUCACAGCCUGUGUCAUUCACAGCCCAUGUCAUUCACAGGCAAUGUCAUUCACAGGCAAUGUCAUUCACAGCCAAUAUAAUUCACAGCAAUUGUAAUUCACAGCCCAUGUCAUUCACAGCCUGUGUCAUUCACAGUCAGUGUCAUUCACAGCUUAUCUCAUUCACAGCUCAUGUCAUUCACAUCAAAUGUCAUUGUCAUUCACAGUCAUUAUCAUUCACAAAAAAUGGCAUUCACAGCAUGUGUCAUGCACAGUCACUAUCAUUCACAGCCUGUGUCAUUCAAACCAAUGUCAAUCACAGCCUGUAUCAUUCACAACCAAUGUCAUUCACGGACAGUGUCAUUUAAGUCAAAGUCAUUAACAGAUUGUCUAAUUUAGAGCAAAUGUAAUUUACAGCGAAUGUCAUUCACAGCCAGUGUCAUUCACAGCCAAUAUCAUUCACAGCCAAUAUCAUUCACAGCAAAUAGCAUUCACAGUCAAUGUCAUUCACAUGCAUAGCCCAUGUCAUUCACUCCAAUGUCAUUCACAUCCCAUGUCAUUCACAUCAAAUGUUAUUCACAGAAAAUGUCAUUUACAGCCAAUGUCAUUCCCAGCUAAUGUCAUUCACAGCAAAUGUCAUUCACACCCUGCCUCAUUCGCAGCUCAUGUCAUUCUCAGCCUAUGUCAUUCACAAGCAAUGUCAUUCACAGCAAAUGCCAUUCACAGCCCAUGUCAUUCACAGCCAAUAUAAUUCACAGCAAUUGUAAUUCACAGCCCAUGUCAUUCACAGCCUGUGUCAUUCACAGUCAGUGUCAUUCACAGCCCAUCUCAUUCACAGCUCAUGUCAUUCACAUCAAAUGUCAUUGUCAUUCACAGUCAUUAUCAUUCACAAAAAAUGUCAUACACAGCAUGUGUCAUGCACAGUCACUAUCAUUCACAGCCUGUGUCAUUCAAACCAAUGUCAAUCACAGCCUGUAUCAUUCACAACCAAUGUCAUUCACGGACUGUGUCAUUUACAGUCAAAGUCAUUAACAGAUUGUCUAAUUCAGAGCAAAUGUAAUUUACAGCGAAUGUCAUUCACAGCCAGUGUCAUUCACAGCCAAUAUCAUUCACAGCCAAUAUCAUUCACAGCAAAUAGCAUUCACAGCCAAUGUAAUUCACAUUCAUAGCCCAUGUCAUUCACUCCAAUGUCAUUCACAUCCCAUGUCAUUCACAUCAAAUGUUAUUCACAGAAAAUGUCAUUUACAGCCAAUGUCAUUCCCAGCUAAUGUCAUUCACAGCAAAUGUCAUUCACACCCUGCCUCAUUCGCAGCUCAUGUCAUUCUCAGCCUAUGUCAUUCACAAGCAAUGUCAUUCACAGCAAAUGCCAUUCACAGCCCAUGUCAUUCACAGCCUGUGUCAUUCACAGAAAUGUCAAUCACAGCAAAUGUCAUUUACAACGCAUCUCAUUCGUAGCUAAUGUCAUUCACAGCCAAUAUCAUUUACAGCAAAUAGAAUUCACAGCCAAUGUCAUUCAUAUUCACAGCGUGUGCCAUCCUGUGUCAUUUAGAGCCUUUGUCAUUCACAGACAAUGUCCUUUACAGCCAAUGUUAUUCAAAGUCAAUGUCAAUCAAAGCCUCUGUCGUUCACAGUCAAUGUCAUAACAGAUAAUGUCAUUCACACCCUGUAUCAUUGGCUUUCAUAAAAUUAUUUUUUAUUGAAAAAUUAUUAAAGCGAGAAAAGCGUGUGACAUGUUUCCUGGGUGGUGGGGAAAGCUUUUAAAUGUCAUCAAAUGUCAUGCGUGUGAAUAAGUGUGAGUCAUUUAAAACAUGAACACACGACUAUCGUUUGUCUUUCUGUCAUCAACUACAUCUUUUGUUUUUAAAGGCAUUUUUUUUCGUUUAUGUCUGAUAAUUAUUGCCACAUGUUCUUGUUUCUUUGUAAGCUGUCGACGUUCUGGCAAGAAGCCAUUGUUAGUGGCACUAUAGCAGCCGCGGCAGUGGCAGCACUAGUGUCAGGAUGGCUGACGGACAAGAUCGGGAGAAAACUGACCAUCAUGACGUCAAGUGUGGUGUUCACUGCUGGAGGUCUGCUCAUGGGGUCAGCCCCCACCAAAGAGGUUUUGUUGGUUGGGAGAAUCGUCGCUGGAUUAGGUGUAGGUUAGUUGGUCAUAGGUAGAAGUCCUCAGAGAAUCGUCGCUGGAUUAGGUGUAGGUGAGUUAGUCAUAAGUAGAAGUCUUCAGAGAAUCGUCGCUGGAUUAGGUGUAGGUUAGUUCGUCAUAAAUAGAAGUCCUCCAGUUGACUUGAAAGCUUCUUAUCUUAGCUCAGGCAAAACUUGACAUAUAUCAUGAGCGUCACUAUAAUCUUAGUUCAGAGGAGACUUGAAAUAUGCCAUGAGCGUCGCUAUAAUCUUAGCUCAGGCAAGACUUGACAUAUGCCAUGAGCUUCGCUAUAAUCUUAGCUCAGGCAAGACUUGACAUAUGCCAUGAGCUUCGCUAUAAUCUUAGCUCAGGCAAGACUUGACAUAUGCCAUGAGCGUCGCUAUAAUCUUAGCUCAGGCAAGACUUGACAUAUGCCAUGAGCGUCGCUAUAAUCUUAGCUCAGGCAAGACUUGACAUAUGCAAUAAGCGUCGCUAUAAAAGGCCAAUAUAGUGGGACCAAAAGGACAGGCUGACGAUAAUCCAUCCUAUUCCUGUCCCAGCAUCAGAAAUCUUUAAAAAGUGUUGAAGAUUUGGCCAGCCAUAAAAGUUGUUUGAGUUAUGGCUUUCAUUAAGAACCACUACAAUAGAUACACUUUAAACCAGUGUGCAUUCCCUUUUAACUGUAAAGUACGAGAAUAUGUUACUGUUAUUUUGUUUGAGAAAUAAAGUCCAGAAUAAUGUUCAAAGGAAACUUGGCUUUCAUGACAAUAAGAUUUGCUGAUGUAAACCAUUGUGUUCAUUGCAUUGGUUUCUAACAUAGACGUUUCAGAUAGUUCAUAAAUGUGUCUCUUAAAUAGCAAUAGAUGUAUAAAAAUGUAUAGCUUCACAAUUUGAAUUCUCCGCACCAGGGUUAGCGUCCGUGGUUGUCCCUGUUUAUGUGGCAGAGUCGUCUCCCGUCAGUAUCAGGGGAAGAUUGGUCUCCCUUCAUCAGCUGAUGAUCAACACUGGAAUCAUUGUGAGCAGUGUGAUAGCUGGGGCCUUCUCCUAUGUACAGCCUGAUGGUUGGAGGUAUAAAAUCAUAGAGCUGGGGCCUUCUCCUAUGUACUACCUGAUGUUUGGAGGUAUUUAGUCAUUGAGUAGUGUGAUAGCUGGUGCCUUCUCUUAUGUACAUCCUGCUGGUUGGAGAUAUAUAGUCUUGAUUAGUGUGAUAAAUGGUACCUUCUACAGUGUACAGCCUGAUUUUUAGAGGGAUAUCCUCAUAUUACUAGUGUGUUAUGCACUGCCUUCAAUAGUGAGAAAUUAAUCUCUUAUUUUAAUUUUAUGGCUCGUUCAAACAAAAGACGAUACGAUAUGAGAAAUACAAUAGCAAAAAAUACGACACUCUAAACAGUUGCGAAUUACAAUAAAUAAGAUUUAUUUAAGUAUCAAUUAAAAGAAAUAUAAUUAAAAAUCAUAAACUUACAGAGUAGGAUAUGUCUUGUACCGGUACAAAGCUAAUACAAUGUUCCAAUUAAUAAUGUACAUUGAUGAAUGCGAAUAAACGCAUAUGAGUACACACAGACUAAUACACUUGUCUUGUGAAAUGAAAAAUAUCUAUCCUUGACGAAGUUCCCCCUCUUAAUGUACUCUGAACCCUUUAUAUAUGCAGUGUAAGACGCAUUACAGAAAUUCCUUACACAUUGUUUACCUUUCUAGUUCACUCCCGACCUUUCCACAAAAUUCUAUUUUUAACACAUAUUAAUUAUUUUUAGUUGGUAGUGAUAGUAAACAAAGGCCAAGAUCAAAGGAAAUAGGCCACGCCCAAUACGAACGCAGCCUAAUUUGGGGUCAAACAGAGAUCACGGCACGGGGAAAGUGACGUAAACACGUCUUCUACAUAACAUGGUACCUUCUUCUAUGUACAGCCUGAUGGUUGGGGGUAUAUAGUCAAACAGUAUAAAUUAAAAAAAAGAAAAUUAAGGUGAUUCACACAGAUGCAUUAAGAAAUUAUUUUUACAAAUAUUCAGUACAUUACAAAUAUCAAAUUAUGAAAACUGUGUAAAUAACAUGAGAUAAAACUCUUGAUUAACUGGUACAUUUUUAAAAAAAAAUGUUGUAAUCGUAUGACUAGCAGGCUAGUAUUUUUAUCAAAUAUCAGCUGCCUGGCAGGUUAGGAUUUCUACCAAAUAUCAGCUGCCUGGCAGGUUAGAAUUUCUAUCAAAUAUCAGCUCUCUAUUUCGUAUGGAGUGAGAUUAAAAUGAUUGCGAGGACGCUAUCAUGGACUGCUAGACAUAAAUGAACCCUCGAAAACCACUUUAAAAAAAAAAUAAUUAACAUGUUAAGGUGAAUCACGUUUUCAUGAUUGUAGCUUAUCAAAUUGUUUAAGAUACAAGUUUACAAAUACGACUUAAAUUUAUGUGCACUACAAAUAUAAUCAACAUAUAAACACAAAAGUUAGAUAUUUGCAAUUGAAAUAUGUGAGUUUCAUAUUAACCAUGAUAAUGGAUUGCUACCAACCAUCAGGUACAUGCUUGGCAUUGUAAGUCUCAUAUUAACCAUGGUAACGGGUUGCCUCCAUCCAUCAGGUACAUGCUUGGCAUGGCUGCUGUACCUGGCAUCCUUCAGUUCAUCGGAUUCAUCUUCCUGCCGGAGUCGCCGCGCUGGCUGGUCAGUAGCGGGAGGAUUGAGCAGGCCAAGGACGUCCUUCUGCGCAUGCGAGGUGGCGCUGACGUCACGGAGGAGUUGAAUGAGAUCAUUGUCACGGUUGAUGAGUCGAACCAAGAUGUCGCCGGUGAGGAAUGUAGUAAUGAUGGUUUUUCCAAAAAAACUCUCGUUUUUUUUAUAAUAUAAAAGCUUGUUAAAGUUAUUUAAAUGAGUAAUUUUCAAGUCUUAUAAUCCAGCAUUGGAUGUGGAUGAUAUAAGGUUCAAAUGAAGAUGUUCAAAGUGGAAAGCUGAUAGUUUGUUUCUAGUAGGAAAAGAUGAUUACAAGAUAACAUAAGCUAGUUUUCAAACGUUGGCUCAGAGGAUGACAUUUUUUUUAAAUCUUACAAACGGGAGAAAUUAUGCUUUGGUGAAUGGCUGACAUGAACAUAAUAUUACAUUAAAUGUUCGUAAUGAAUAUCAAGACUGAUUGACGCUAUCCAUGAUAAAUGGACAGUUUUUAAGUUCAAGAAUGUUAAAUGCCUGAAUGAUAAAUGGCAUUAAUGUUAACUUAAUGGCACUGCUGGAGAAUUCUACGACUAAUGGAAGUCAGUACUGUUGCAUGGCAUACACAUUGACUGUAAUGUACGGAGAAAAUCCUACAUUAUUUAGCUCAUUCUUCUUAUUGUUAAAAUCAUCUGUUCUGUUCCUUUUCAUGACAAGCGGGUGUCCACCAUUGGUUGAAGAUAUUUAAAACACCCCACGUGAGGAGGGCGCUCUUUGUUGGAUGUGGCCUGUUGUUCUUCCAGCAGUGGUGUGGCAUAAACACUGUCAUGUAAGUAGGAAGACAUAAACACUGUCAUGUAAGUAGGAAGACAUAAACACUGUCAUGUAAGUAGGAAGACAUAAACACUGUCAUGUAAGUAGGAAGAUAUAAACACUGUCAUGUAAGUAGGAAGAUAGAAACACUGUCAUGUAAGUAGGAAGAUAUAAACACUGUCAUGUAAGUAGGAAGAUAUAAACACUGUCAUGUAAGUAGGAAGAUAUAAACACUGUCAUGUAAGUAGGAAGAUAUAAACACUGUCAUGUAACUAGGAAGAUAUAAAUACUGUCAUGUAAGUAGGAAGAUAUAAACACUGUCAUGUAACGAGGAAGAUAGAAACACUGUCAUGUAAGUAGGAAGACAUAAACACUGUCAUGUAAGUAGGAAGAUAUAAACACUGUCAUGUAAGUAGGAAGAUAUAAACACUGUCAUGUAAGUAGGAAGACAUAAACACUGUCAUGUAAGUAGGAAGAUAGAAACACUGUCAUGUAACUAGGAAGAUAUAAACACUGUCAUGUAACUAGGAAGAUAUAAACACUGUCAUGUAACUAGGAAGAUAGAAACAAUGUCAUGUAAGUAGGAAGACAUAAACACUGUCAUGUAAGUAUUAAGAUAUAAACACUGUCAUGUAAGUAGGAAUACAUAAACACUGUCAUGUAAGUAGGAAGAUAUAAACACUGUCAUGUAAGUAGGAAGACAUAAACACUGUCAUGUAAGUAGGAAGACAUAAACACUGUCAUGUAAGUAGGAAGACAUAAACACUGUCAUGUAAGUAGGAAAAUAUAAACACUGUCAUGUAAGUAGGAAGACAUAAACACUGUCAUGUAAGUAGGAAGAUAGAAACACUGUCAUGUAAGUAGGAAGAUAUAAACACUGUCAUAUAAGUAGGAAGAUAUAAACACUGUCAUGUAACUAGGAAGAUAGAAACACUGUCAUGUAAGUAGGAAGAUAGAAACACUGUCAUGUAAGUAGGAAGACAUAAACACUGUCAUGUAAGUAGGAAGAUAUACACACUGUCAUGUAAGUAGGAAGAUAUAAACACUGUCAUGUAAGUAGGAAGAUAUAAACACUGUCAUGUAAGUAGGAAGAUUGGUUGAGGUCAACAGGGGAUGAUGCCAAGUGUGCUGACCUCACGCCACCGGGUUUCGAUAUUAAGUCCUUUCCGCGUGCUACGAGAGGUGGCGGCCUCGCUGUCAUUUAUCGUAGCCACCUACCAGUGACUUUCAACUCCACAUUCCCAUUCCUGCACACCUCUCUAGAACUUGUUCAGUUCACCCUCAACACGCCCCACACUGUCAACAUGUUAUGCUUGUACCGUACUCCGCCCAGUAAGAAGAACAAGCUCCUAAACUCCACCUUCCUCUCUGAGCUCCCUGACCUACUUGACUACUGCAACCUGCUCCGUGGAACAAGUGUGAUCGUGGGCGACCUUAACGUUCAUUAUGACGUCCCUACUGAUCCCUUUACUAGCAAGGUACUAGACAUCCUCACAAGGUUUAGUCUUGUCCAGGGCAUUAAGCAGCCCACCUACUAUCGCAGCGGCCACAUCAUCGACUGGGUGGUGUACCGUGAUGACGACAACUUGGUGGACAGCUGUACUGUGAGUCAUAUGCUCUCCUCUGACCAUGCAGCGGUGCUCACUACACUCAACGUAGUUCCCCCAAAGAACCCACCUGUCUACAGGACCGUGCGUGACAUAAACGCUAUAGACAGAGCAGCCUUCAAAGCCGGCAUUAAGACAAUGCUUCAAGGGCUAGGUGCUGAGCUCAGCGCUCAGCAUCUGGACGAUGGCCUCCGAGCACUUUUGGACGAGCACGCCCCUCCCAUGGCGCGACGUGUCCCGACUGGUCGCUCGUCGCCAUGGUAUGCAGGCGUUAGUGACCAACUCCGUCUGGCAAAACUCGUGCGAAGACGCGCUGAAAGACGCUGGGUAAAGACUGGACUGAGUGUCGACAGACAGAUCUUUUGGACAGCGAAAGAUGCGGUGGCAGAGAUUGUACAGAGGGCAAAGGAUGACUACUGGAGCUCAAAGGUCGAAUCCUGUGCAUCAACCAAGGCGUUGUUCAGCGCUAGUAACCGUCUCCUUGGCAACAGCAAGAAUUUCACCCUCCCUACCGACAUUGCACCAGAGCAACUCCCUGACGCCUUUGCGGACUUUUUCAUCACCAGGGUGCAAAUGAUCAGGGAGGAGCUAGACAGCGCGACCCCUACACCUUCCUCACCGUUCUCGGAGGACGUUAGUCAGACAGAAUCAUUUGAUAGUUUUCUGCCUGUGACUGAGGAUGAGGUGAGGCGAGUCAUCAUCAGGUCUGCUCCCAAGUCUUGUGCCCUCGAUCCUAUCCCCGUCCCACUGCUUGUAGAAUGCCUUGACGUCCUCCUCCCAGCACUCACCUCCAUCAUAAAUUCUUCGAUUCUCUCUGGCAUAUUCCCUCCCAUUUUUAAACGGUCGAUUGUCCUGCCCCUCCUAAAGAAACCCUCACUUGAUCCAAACACACUCAAGAAUUACCGCCCCGUCAGCAACCUCUCCUUUCUCUCAAAAAUCAUAGAAAAACUCAUACUCUCUCAGCUCUCUGGCUAUCUUCAUUCUCGCAAUCUCUAUCCUUCCUCUCAGUCCGCCUACCGACUUGGUCAUAGCACAGAAACAGCACUGGUCCGAGUCAUGAGUGACCUCCUGCGCGCGAUGGACGAUGGCAAACUCUCUAUUCUCACUCUGUUAGAUCUCUCUGCUGCAUUUGAUACCAUUGACCACCAGAUUCUUCUUGACCGCCUUCAUCUUUCUUUCGGACUUACUGGCUCAGCUUUAAACUGGUUUCAAUCAUAUCUUUCUGACAGAACUCAAAAAGUCUCUAUUUCCAACCGCUCUUCCAAACCUUCAGCCCUGUCUAUUGGAGUUCCUCAAGGAUCGGUCCUUGGGCCGGUCCUUUUCAUCCUCUACACUAAACCUCUAUCAUCUCUCAUUAGCCACCACUCAGUUUCCAGUCAAUCCUUUGCUGAUGACACUCAAAUCAGUGACUCUUGCUUUCCUGAUCAACUUGAUGCCACAAUCCUUCGCAUACAGGAGUGCGUGGACGAUGUAAAGCGUUGGAUGACUUGCAACAAACUGAAGCUAAAUGAUGAUAAAACGGAAAUCCUUCUCAUCCACUCUCAAAACAAACCUCUCCCUCCAUUCGCUCCUUCUUCUAUAUCUAUUGGCAACUCUGACAUCACACUCUCUCCCUCUGCCAGAAACCUUGGAGUCACGCUUACGGACACCCUCUCCAUGGACAAACAUGUCACGAAUAUAUGCAGAUCAGCAUAUAACGAAAUUAGAAAAAUCAGCACCAUUAGACACCUCCUCUCCUUUGAUGCCACAAAAACUCUCGUCUCUUCACUCAUUCUUUCAAAAUUUGACUACUGUAACAUUCUUCUCUCAGGCAUUCCUCAACACCACAUAGAAAAACUUCAGAAGGCACAGAACUCAGCAUGCAGACUCAUUUUUAAAUUAAAGAAACAUGACCACAUUCAACCACACAUGCGGCAACUCCACUGGCUUCCAAUAUCCUCUCGCAUCAAAUACAAGUCUUCCAAUCUUUGCUUCAACUCGUUCACUGACCCUCACUUUCCUGUCUAUCUCUCUGAACUGUUGCUUCCUUACAUCCCCACAAGACAACUACGUUCUUCCAUUGACAGUAGAACCCUCUCAAUCCCAAGAACUAAAACUAAGACCAUCGGUGAACGCUCCUUCUGCUUCCAUGGGCCCACGUUCUGGAACCAGCUCCCCUUCCAUAUACGUCAUAGUGAAACCUCGUCCAUUUUCAAAAAGUCCCUUAAAACUCAUCUGUUUAGGUCCGCCUAUGACCUGUGAUGCAUCCUCCUUGCCCUACCUAAUUUUCUGUUUCGGUUUAAUCCUGAAGUGUCAAAGUGUCCUCUUUUUAUAGCCAUUUUCAUUGUUUCUAUAGAAUAGUAGUUUCUAUCCUAGUGUCUCAUUUGUAUUUACUUAAUUUACUUGUUUUAAUAAUUGUAAAGCGCUUAGAGCUUUAUGAUAAGCGCUAUAUAAAAAUGCCUAAAUAAAUAAAUAAAUAAAUAUAAACACUGUCAUGUAAGUAGGAAGACAUAAACACUGUCAUGUAAGUAGGAAGAUAUAAACACUGUCAUGUAAGUAGGAAGAUAUAAACACUGUCAUGUAAGUAGGAAGAUAUUCUUUUCGGAAUCAUAGACACUAUCAUACCAGUGAUGUAGAAAGGGGGCGGAAGGGAGCGGUCAGCCCCGACGGCACUAAACCUGUCCACUCUACUGUAGAAUACAAAAAUAGACUAAUCAACCGUCACAAAAUUAACCUAUUUUAUAUCACAUAGAUUGUACGAUCCAUGUACAGAUAUUUGUCCCUGAUUUUCUUACUGUACAGUUUGUGUAUAAUUCUUCUGAACAGCUACUACAGUGGAACUGUGCUGAAAAUGGCGGGAUUUCCAAUUAAGUAUGCUGUUUGGCUGGUGACUGUGCCUAAUUUCAUCAACUUCCUCUCAUCAUUCAUUGGCUUGUACUUGGUCGAAAAAAUUGGCCGGCGUCCGCUUCUCAUCAUUAGUUUGGCUGGUGAGCUAAGCAAUGUAGAGUUCUCGUUGUUUAUUUGUUAGUGCCUCUGCAUAGACACCAUAUUGAUCUUCAAGAAAUAUACUUAACACUAGCCAUUAUGUGGUAGUAAACCAUUGAUUUCAUUAUUUGUUAUAACGUUUAAAUACUCGAAUUUUUUUUGUUUAAGCUGUUCAUCUGUUACCACGACUUUAUAGAUUGAAAUUACUUCACUGCAACUUAAAUGCAAAAGAAAUAGUUAAAUUCAAAUUUCCAAGUGGUGUUUAAAAUAAAAGAGUUACAGAUUUUCUAAAAGUAAUACUCAUCCUUUCGAAUAAUUCCCGAGAAAAAAUGUUUUGAGUAAGCAAUUUAACUUGAUUCUCAAAAUUGGCACCCUAGCAAGACGUACACCAUAGCAAGACGUACACCCUAGCAAGACGUACACCCUAGCAAGGCUUACAUCCUAUAAAUGCCUUUCAACAACUAGUUUAAAAAUAAAUCAGCUUUAUUUUUAUAAACCUAAUACGAUAAAUUUUAAAAAUACACAACCGUCAGACCAGGGGCUUAGAUAAAAAUAAUAAAAUUAGUUUAACAUAACAUAUACUUAAAUACAACGCUCUUCCGCCCUACCCCCCCCCCCUUCGUUCCUGGCGGUUAGGUACCCUGGUUGGUUUGAUCAUCCUGGCAGUCGGGUUCCAGUUCGCUGAAGAGAAUCCUCCAAGUCUGAACAUGUCUGUGACAGAGACGUAUGACAACGGGACGUUGAUAGGAGAAUGUUUCUAUAAACACAAGUGAGUUUGGUGGAUUGUGGAAUUCUUUUUUUUUUUUUUUAAACAUCGUUUAUUCUGCUUUCAGGUGCGUUUUAUUAUAAGUUAUGUCCUUAAAGUUAGUGGAUUGUCAAAGGAAAACCUAUUGUAGCUUAUACUGUCGCGUAUUAUACCAACGACAGUUAUUAUUAUUAUUUGUUAUUUUCUGGUAAGCAACUAAAAAUUAAAAAUAAAUGAAAUAAUUUAUAUUUAAAAUAUACCAAGCAAUUUAGUUUUGAAUGAUUUUGUUUCAAUCAUUAAAUUCCGAAAAGCUUGAAUAUUAGAUUAAACAAACUUUCUACAUAAGACACGUCAAAAUUAUAAAAUUUACACAACCCAAUAAAUGUAAAUGACAUUAUAAUUGUGUAAUGUUAAGUUCAUUGAGUUAUUCUGUCCCUAAUUAAGCUGCAACGAAAAACUCUUAAUACUUUAAUUGUGUACAUGUCUGACGAGUUGACGAUGACGUCAAACGGAGAUUGAAUGUUGUCUUUUUAAAAAUAAGUUUUACUUUUUCUUCAGAUCUUGCGCCGAUUGUGUCAAAGACAACUCUUGUGGCUACUGCUAUUCCAAUGAUAAUGACGGGACUUGUCUCCCUUCUAUUGGUGAAGACCGCUCUACCGUGGGGAGAUGUAACUCUUCCAGCAGUACAGAAACGUACUUUAAAUGGGCUUACGAGUAUUGCCCCAGUGACUUUACGUGGAUUGCCCUAAUUGGGAUGGCCGUCUUCGUCUUUGCCUUUGCCCCAGGUAUAAUACUCUGGAAUACAUGAACCUGCCAUUCAUAGCAAAAUGAACAAAACCACGCCUCUCUUAGAAUGAUUGUAUUUAUUUUUAACAGGCAGCAAGAACUUCCAAGAUGUUCAGUAUACUAAAAUGCAAGUCUUACUUAGACUUGUAUGAAUAAAAACAUAGAUAACUCCCGGGAUCGGCCCUACUGUUGCCGGCGCCCCGGGCAAGCUUAACUUUGGCGCCCCUAUCAACAGUUAGCCUACCGAUGACAUUGUUCUUCUAGCCUCUUAGAUCAGCAGAUCUUUUAUUCCAUGUUCUAUUGCUCUUCAAUGCAUUGAUUUUUUAAAAAUAUUUUGGAAGAUCGUUGAUGGCACCCUAAGCACAAGGCGCCCUGAGCAACUGCCCGAGAUGCCGGUGCCUUGUGGCGGAACUAAAAAUAUCACCAAUUUAAAAUCACCAUAUCACAAUGCUUAACCCAAAAAAUUAAAAGUUGAUUUAAAGUUGAAGUUUUUCCAUAAUUCAAUCAAUUAUUAGAUUUAAAGCACAAGUAAUGCGAGCUACUUAAACAAACGAGCUUUUAAAACACAUGAGCUAUCCACACAUUCGAGCUACUCAAACAUGCGAUCUACUGAAACAUGUGAGCUACUCAAACAUACGAGCUUCUCAAACAUGCAAGCUACUCAAUCAUACGAGCUACUCAGACAUAUGAGCUACUCAAACAUGCAAGCAUCUCAAACAUGCGAGCUACUCAAACAUGCGAGCUACUCAAAUAUGCAAGCAAUUCAAACAUGCGAGCUACUUAAACAUACGAGCUACUCAAACAUUCGAGCUACUCAAACAUUCGAGCUACUCAAACAUUCGAGCUACUUAAACAUACGAGCUACUCAAACAUUCGAGCUACUCAAACAUUCGAGCUACUCAAACAUUCGAGCUACUUAAACAUUCGAGCUACUCAAACAUUCGAGCUACUCAAACAUUCGAGCUACUCAAACAUACGAGCUACUCAAACAUUCGAGCUACUCAAACAUACGAGCUACUCAAACAUUCGAGCUACUCAAACUUACGAGCUACUCAAACAUUCGAGCUACUCAAACAUACGAGCUACUCAAACAUGCGGGCUACUCAAACAUACGAGCUACUCAAACAUGCGAGCUACUCAAACAUACGAGCUACUCAAACAUUCGAGCUACUCAAACAUACGAGCUACUCAAACAUUCGAGCUACUCAAACAUUCGAGCAACUCAAACAUACGAGCUACUCAAACAUUCGAGCUACUCAAACAUUCGAGCUACUCAAACAUGCGAACUACUCAAACAUUCGAGCUACUCAAACAUACGAGCUACUCAAACAUUCGAGCUACUCAAACAUUCGAGCUACUCAAACAUACGAGCUACUCAAACAUUCGAGCUACAUUCGAUCUACUCAAACAUUCGAGCUACUCAAACAUGCGGGCUACUUAAACGUACGAGCUACUCAAACAUACGAGCUACUUAAACAUGCCUGCUUCUCAAACAUGCAAGCUACACGUGUCUUUUAUAGUUUGAUAAGAGUUCUCCGGAAAAUUUACGCACUAAGAAAGGAUGAACAUGUAAGAAACAACCACAAUUUGUACAGACUAUAUCAGGAUACCACACUAGUAGCAGAAAUAUAUAAAAGGGUGGGGUACGCUGGACAGGACUCUUAGAUACUAGGCAAAAUGACAGAGGCGUGAUGAGGGUGUACUACCAAUACCCAGAGGAAAACGGGUAGACAUAGGCUUAGAUGAAUUAAUGAUGUGGAGAGGGAUCUACAGCAACUUGGAAUCCAAGCAUGGACAAAAAAAAAAGGAUCAGUUAGGUCUGACUGGAAGGAUGUGGUGAGGCAGGCCAAACCCCUACAUGGGCUGUAGUGCCACAGGAUAGAUGGAUGGUUUGAGUGGAAGGAUGUGGUGAGGUUUAUUUCUAUACGCCAUAGGUUUGUAAGCUCUCCACUUCUCUCCCCCCCCCCCCGUCUUCUGUGUAGGCCUCGGCCCCAUGCCAUGGACGAUCAACUCUGAGAUCUACCCGCUGUGGGCGCGCAGCACAUGUAACUCACUCAGCGCGUGCACGGCCUGGGUGUGUAACCUGAUCAUCUCAUUCACCUUUCUCACCAUGACAGAGCACAUCAGUAUACACGGUAAGAAUUCACAAUGUUCUGGGUGGGUGUGAAACUAUAUAAGGUAUGUGUCAAUGUGAACUAGAUAUGUGUCAAUGUGAACAAGAUAUGUGUCAAUGUGAACAAGAUAUGUGUCAAUGUGAACAAUAUAUGUGUCAAUGCAUACAUUAUAUGUGUCAAUGCGUACAAUAUAUGUGUCAAUGCGUACAAUAUAUGUGUCAAUGCGUACAAAAUAUGUGUCAAUGCGUACAAAAUAUGUGUCAAUGCGUACAAUAUAUGUGUCAAUGCGUAUAUGUGUUAAUGUAAAUAUGUAAAGAUGGGAAUGUUUACACGAUAAGUUCUUCUUAUUCCAAUUGGGACCAGGACUCUCUCGAGCGUUGAUGGUCCCGUCGUGAUGACCUUGCAAUGUAGGUCCAUAUAAAGCAGUCUGUGUCAUUUGUGAUUUCCACACACUGUAGGUCCAUUUAAUGAUGUCUAUGUUAGUCGUGAUGACCAUGCACUGUAGGUCCAUUUAAUGAUGUCUGUGUUAGUCGUGAUGACCAUGCACUGUAGGUCCAUUUAAUGAUGUCUGUGUUAGUCGUGAUGACCAUGCACUGUAGGUCCAUUUAAUGAUGCCUGUGUUAGUCGUGAUGACCAUGCACUGUAGGUCCAUUUAAUGAUGUAUGUGUUAGUCGUGAUGACCAUGCACUGUAGGUCCAUUUAAUGAUGCCUGUGUUAGUCGUGAUGACCAUGCACUGUAGGUCCAUUUAAUGAUGUCUGUGUUAGUCGUGAUGACCAUGCACUGUAGGUCCAUUUAAUGAUGUCUGUGUUAGUCGUGAUGACCAUGCAUUGUAGGUCCAUUUAAUGAUGUCUGUGUUAGUCGUGAUGACCAUGCAUUGUAGGUCCAUUUAAUGCGAUAUAGGUCUUUCAUGUAUUAAUGGUGUAUGAAUACCUUUGUAAAGGAUGGACACUUUUUUUUCCAGAGAAAAUUUUAAACUUGUUCCAAAAUAUUAAUCUUGGUAUCACCAAUGAGGUUCUAAAAUACAAGGCCUUAAACCUGUCAGGCCCAUUGAAUAAUAUAUCAGCUUUGUGUGUAAAAUUAUUUUGUGGAUUACAAUAAUACACUGUAGAUCUGAAAACGUGCACAUGUUGUAAUUGAAUGUGCACAUGUUUUAUUUGAAUGUGCACUCAGUGAUCUCCUGUGUGUCCAAGGAGUUCAUGAUGUAAAAUAGAUUCAACUUUAAUCCCCCCCUCCCCCCCCCCCAGGAACAUUCUGGCUGUUUGCUGCAUUCACCGUUGUGGGCGUGGUCUUCAUGGUCGUUCUGUUGCCUGAGACUCGAAACAAAACCCUGGAGGAGGUGGAACAGCUGUUCAUGACGUCACGCCAAAAACGACAACUGGCCGAGAAGAGACUGAAACCAAAGCGCGACGACAUUCAACAGGUCGAGAUUCAACUCAAGGCUUCUUAAUUUCAUUGCUUUUAUCAAAUAUACAUAUUUUUUUACUUUGUUUUUCUGAGAGUUAAAUCAAGUGUUCUUAAUAAAUAUUGUGGUACAAAUAAAUUCUAAUAUAGAAUACUAUUGAUGACAUAUUAUGUUCAAAUUUUUACGCCCGAUGACAGGGCAUACAGGGCAUUUAUGGAAGACGCCCUUGAUAUUUAGCGAUGCAGAAGAGAGUCUGUCUGUGUCUCUGCCUUCAGAUCUCCUAUCUCAUCAUUGAUGUCAAUCAUGUGUGGAUCUUGAACUGGUCAGUUUUUAGGCUGUCGGGAACGCUGUGUGAUGACGUCAGUAAAAUGCAGGAGAGGGUCUUGUGUGGAUGACCUCACCCACAGGCAGACGGUCUCCUUGCCAUGGUCUGUGGAGAAGGAAGGAAUUCUCUUGACACAUUCAAAGAAGAACAUCUUCAUUUUUCAAUGCAUCCAACUAUGAAUGUGGAAGCGUCAAUUUUAUUUUUGUUAUGAACUUUGUUAAUUUUUUUAAUAAAUUAACUUGUUCUUUUUUGUCAUCAGACUUAGACAAAAAUCAAAGUUGUUAAUUGCUAUGAAAAUAUGCAAGACUUUGUCAGAAUUUUAAAAAAAAGUGUUGGACAGAGAAAAGCUUUAAAAUAGAUUAAUAAGAUACGAACAAAUUGUGUCAAUAUAACAAUAUAAGUUAUGCUUUAAUAAUAAUUAUACAUUAUACACAGGUAAACGUUUCGGCACAUGCCUUCAUCAGUACAAAUAAAAAAACACAUUUAAAUA